AUGGAACCAUCUAAAGAUCAACAACCAUCACUUGAUGAUACUUCUGAGUGUUGUGAGUCUUGCAAGCUGAAGACUCAUGCGCUGAAAGCACUUGCCAAUAGUUUUUGGCCGCAUCGAGGACCUCAUGUCAAGCGGCAUAUUGAUGAACUGCUAGAUAUUUUGUCAAAGAUGCUUCAAAUGGGCGAUACAUUUGAUGGAAUCACCUCGUGCACAAGUGACAAGCACAAGCCUCAUAUCAAAUUAGCUGCUGCUGAGUCUGUUCUUCAGCUUUCUAGGAGAUGGGAUUUACAUAUUUCUCUAGAGAUUUUUGAUACCACGGAUGCACAAGAUUUCUUCUCUCCACCUAAGCCAAGGCUCAUGGAUGAUGUGAGGACCAUUCUCGCUUAUAGACCCAAUUCCAUAAUCACUUGGAUAUAG